UUAAGUUUAUAGUCAAAGAUCAACAACCACUUUCAGUUCUAACUGAUGAGGGUUUUACUGAGCUAAUGGCAGAGGCAUUUCUAUCUUACAAAUUACCCUCAGAAAAGAUGGUUAAAUCGAUGUUGUUAGAAUCUUAUAGUUAUGUUAAACAAACUAUAG